CUGACGCUCACCCGGCCCAAUUGAGCUGUCAAACUGCUCAGACCCUGGGAACGAGGACGCAGAAUUACGACAUCGGGUCCAUGGUCGGCACAUAACAUUUUUCCUCGCCGCUCUCUGGAAGAGCGGCUUCCUUUACCUUUCCCUGGCGUCUCAUCCCUCGAGGCGCCGCUCUUAUCCUCGGGAUUUGGAGUUGAUUUUGAUCUGAGCGACGCACGAUGGUGAUUUUUCGAAUCGCGGGCAUAGGGCGACGGGCCUGGGCCUUUGUGCUGUUGCUCUCAAUUUUUGCUACUCUUGCUUUUGCACUGCAGAGUGAAGGCCGUCCUUACGGCUACGACUCGGGUCACGAGACUGGCUACGAGACUGAAAACCAAAACGUCCUCCAUCCUAUUCGUCCCAUCGGCUCUGGCCAGCGACUCCCCGAACCCAAAUCAUAUAAUUCAUACCUGAAAGGCCAGUAUGGAGGUUCCCCCUUCUCCCCCUCAGCCGUUACAAACGCACUCCAAGAAUUGCACGCGGCGCUCUCCACAAUGCAAACCUUCUAUUUCAGCCUCUGGCUUGGAAAAUGGACAACAGCUAUCGACUGGACCGCUGCCAUAAUGGGCACCCACGUCUCCGCAGCCUUAUCCUCGCUCUCACAUUCCCUACCAUACACAAUGCCUGGCACCUUUGAUAAAGACCGAAAACUCGACGUUGAAGCGCAAAUGAUCGAAAACGAAAUAAACAAAUACUUCACGCAAAGCAUAACUUAUUUCUUCGGUGAAGACCAUUUCGCUAUCCGCAACCAAGCCUACGACGACAUGUUAUGGGUAGUCCUCGGUUGGCUGGAAGGCAUACAAUUCAUAAACGGCCAUUCGGAGAUGCACUACCCACUCUCGUCUGACCGCGCACAGGGCGAAUCCGAAUGGCAUGGUCGACAAUUCGCCCCGGCGUUCGCACACCGCGCGCGCAUAUUCUACGAACUUGCGUCGAAAGGUUGGGACUGGAAAUUGUGUGGCGGAGGUAUGAAUUGGAAUCCACAUACACGAUUGCCAUAUAAAAAUGCGAUUACAAAUGAGCUUUUUAUUUCGGCGAGUAUUGGCAUGUACCUCCAUUUUACCGGCGAUACGAAUUGUUCUCCCUUUAUGGGUGCAGGGGAUAAUAAAGACGACCCUGGUUGGAAGAAACUCCGGAGCCAGGAACGAGGGGAUGAUGAGGGUUGCGAUUACGGAGUGCCUAGAGCGACGUAUGAUCCAAUAUAUCUAUCUGCUGCUAUCAAUGGCUACAAGUGGCUUAAGGACAGUGGGAUGAAGAAUACGCAUGGUUUGUAUGUCGACGGAUUUCAUAUUAAAGACUAUGGCAAGAAUAAUAGUAUCGGGACUGGGAAAUGCGAUGAACGAAACGAAAUGGUAUACACAUACAACCAAGGCGUUCUCCUCUCCGGGUUACGAGGAUUGUGGGAAGGUACAGGACGCGUAGAGUAUCUCGAAGAUGCACACGAACUCAUCCGAAACGUUAUUCGGGCGACAGGGUGGACGGACACGAAAAUAUCACCUUCGGUAUCCUUCUCACUAGCCGAACAUGACACCAAAUCACACCACGACGGGCCCCUUUCCGAGCCUGAGUCCGGAUCCCCCUCCCCCGAGAACGAGUCUGCAUCUACAACCCAAUGGUCAGGCCUUGGCAGUCAUGGCAUCCUAACUGAGCUCUGUGAUCCCUACGGCACAUGUUCCCAAAACGGCCAAACCUUCAAAGGAAUCUUCUUCCACCAUCUGACAACCUUCUGCGCACCGCUACCAACAUCCGCAGCUAUGCCUGGAAAAACAUUCUUCGCGUCAAAGGUUACGGCUGCUCUGCAUAAACGGAGUUGUGGGGAGUAUGCGGCGUGGGUCGUGUUGAAUGCGCAGAAGGCGAUGGGGACGCGGGAUACGAGGGGCAGAUUUGGGACGUGGUGGGGUGCGCCGAGUGGAAUCGUGGGUAUGAGGGUGGAUGAUGAGGGGGAGAGGGAGAAGUUUCAUAGGACGUUGAUUCGGAAGGGGAUGAGCCAUGUUCUUCCACUCAAUGCUAUGGAUUAUAGAAACCAUCCUUCGACGCUAUUACGCGACGAACAGACGGAAGGCGAACCGAACAUUGACAUCACCGGAAUGAAAGAACAAGACUUCAACAGUGGAAACCGGGAUCUAAACGAUAGGGGACGAGGACGCACGGUCGAGACCCAGGGAGGUGGUGUCGCUGUUGUGCGGGCUAUGUGGGAGUUUCUGCGGAACUAUGACAACGAUGAUGAGUAA